UUGUGACACUUUCUCCUCAUAAAGCGUACCAACUGGCCCGGAUUUCAACCCUUCUGCUUUUACGCAAGCUCCGGUCUUGUGGGCUUUCACUUCCGGCUCUGCUUGCAACAAAUAGUCGUUAUUCUAUGCAGACAGUGCAGAAGUGCACAUUCGCGAACAGCAUUUGUUGCAGCGGCAAGGCAUGUGCUGAUGCUUAUUUCGUAUUGCGGACAGCCAGUCUUGUUCACGAAAAAUGGUUGCCUGCUGCGCGGUGAAGUGCAGCAGUUCAAGUCAAUCAGGGCACAAGAUGUUCCGCGUGCCCUGGGACCCUGCGCGCCGCAGGCAAUGGGCAGUCGCUAUCCGCCGCCAGACUCCGGAUGGAAAUCUCUUCAUACCCAGUGAUCACAACAGGCUGUGCUCUGUCCACUUUUUGAAGGGAGCGCCGAGCUAUGAUCCUGAUGACAUUGACUACGUACCGCGGCUGUUCUUCCACGACGAUGCCAGCAGAGAGCGAUCACGCCGCGUUAAAAGCAGUCAUGCACGCUACGCAGGUGUUGCUGCAAAGCGAAUUCUUUGCGCACAAAGUUUGCUGCAGCUAUCACAAGUGCCUGCUGGAGACAGCACAGAGGAUGCAGCGAGACCUUCAACGGAAUCGUCAAAGUCACUGUCGAGUUCACACUGGCUUCGCAACACAAAGUGCUGCGUCAGAACGUGCACCAACCACACCGCCAUGAUCCAAGAUGGAGUGCUUUCGUUUCACAGGUUUCCAAGGAACCCUGGGCUGAAAGCAAAGUGGAUGAAAGUCAUAGGUCGCAAGCAGUGGCCAUCAAAAUGGUGGACAGCCAUCUGCUCUGACCACUUCAUCCCCGAAGACUUUGUCAGUGGGCAUGCAGCUCUGGGCAUGCUGAAGCCAAAGGCUGUCCCGUCCGUCUUUCGGGACAGAGGCAUUCCUAUGGUCAGUCAACCUCGCCGCGCUCCCAGGAAGCUUGCCGCCGCUGGCACCCGUACCCAGACGAUCGACGCAGUUUGUCUAUACGAGAGGGGAACAAACGCACCCGAGUCCUCGGCGCUCGCAAAGGCGAGUACUUUCAUCGUCGUUGCGCUGAACUCUCCGGCGACCUCGGCUGCUGUACCUUCGGCACCUGUCAGAACAAGUGGCAAUGACUCCACUCGUCACGAGGUAGCGGCCGCUGCGCAUCAAACGCCAUCGGGCGGACAGCCGAGACAGCGGGCGAUGACGGGGCCUACUUCGCAACAUGAAAGCGCGCCAAAUUUAGGCGUCCAAGAUGUUGCGGAGUGCGGCCAGCAACAGAAGGUGCUGAUGGUGCAAAGUGCCACUUCAAAAGUGCUCGGGUCAAAUACUUUGCAAGUAAUGGAGCCUGAGGCACAGCCAAAAGCUGCAGAGGAACCAGCAGCGGCGCCGGAGGCACAUCCGUCAGGUGCCCAGCAAGCUAAUGGACAGCUCGUGUCAGCUGCAACACCGGCUAGUGCCCAGCAGGUAGCGACAGCUCCGAUGACACAGACUAAUGCCCAGCAACUCGUGACAGCUCCAACAACACCGGCUAGUUCUCGGCAGCCUGUGGCUGUUCUGACACCAGCUAGUGCCCAGCAGCUUGUGACAGCACCGACGACACCGGUGAGUUCUCAGCAACCAGUGACAGCUCCAACAACACCAGCUAGUUCUCGGCAGCCUGUGGCCUCUCCAACACCAGCUAGUGCCCAGAAGCUUGUAACACCUCCGACGACACCGGCUAGUUCUCGGCAGCCAAUGACAGCUCCAACAACACCGGCCAGCACGAAGUCACCAGACCUGCAGCGUCGAGAGCUUGCAAACGAAACAUCUGAUGUGGGCACCGAGUCUGGCAACCAGCCUGAUGAGAAUGCUUCUGAAGGUGCAUGUGACGUUUGCCAACGCACUUUCCAGAAGAAAGACUUGACCAAGAUUUUUGUAGAAAUUCGCAAGUGGCUUGUAGGAAACUAUCCUAAAGGGCAAUGUUCCCCGUUCAUGCUUUGUGAGGAGUGCAAAGAACCCCUUUUGCAAGCUGCAGCAUCUUCUGAUACAUCAGCUGGCAGUACCAGUAAGACGCAGAGCAGAGACAUUGUUGCAAAGCUGCGCGAGCGUGCGCUCAACUCGCUAGCAGCAACGUGUACAUCCGAUCAAGUUGAAUCUGUGGACAUUGAGCGGCCAGCAGAAUAUCCAAGCUUGGUGCCCGUGCGGAAUAAGCCAGCAGGCACUAGUUCUCUGUCUGCUGAUCCCGUGGGAAACCGAAGUGUUGCAAACGAACAGCCCACAAAUCCAGGUGAUGCUAUGUUAAAGUGCUGUGUUCCUUCCUGCUCCAACCGCUCCGAUGAGCCCAGCCAUCGGCCGCUGUCAUUCUACAGGUUUCCAAGAAGCAUUGCUCUCAAGAAACAGUGGGCACAGGCUAUGGGCCGCACAGGCUGGUUGCCAUUGCAGACGACCGUUGUCUGCUCCGACCAUUUCAGACCCGCCGAUAUCACCACGGGGUGUCCACUUACUGGAAUCCCUAAACCUAAAGCUAUUCCAAGCAUCUUUGAGGGCAAGACGUCUGCAGAGAUCACAUGGGAGAACGAUGCGACGGAGCCGGGAGAACAAUCGGUCCCCUCUGACCGCAGUGGCUGGAAAAUGAUAUCAUUGCUUCCAAGAAAAACGACGUCAAGAGGCAGGGGCAGAGAUUCCAGUGAAACACGCAACAAAUCCACUGGGGUAAAAAGUGCCGCUGUAAAGCGAACUUUAAGCAAGGCAUCUCCUCCAUUUGCUGAGAAGAAGAAGGCACCAGCCCCGCUCACGUUCAUGGACAUCAUGGAAGUGGACACGUCUAGCUUCUGGCUGAAAACCUUGAGCAACAGGAUGGUGAACUUUGUCCACAUCACGCACCGACCCAUGCCGUGUAUCACACGAUCAGUGACGGUCUCGCCUGACAUGUCUGUGAUGGUGGCCGUUGAGAAUGCGCGCCUGAGCCUGCUGCCGUGUGGCACACCGGUUCCCAAUAAGGUCGACAGCAUCGAGACAUUGCAGGGUCUCCUGCACAGGGUUGAGAAGCUCGACAACUGCACACGGAAUGACAACUGGCAGCUGCACAAGCAGAGCACACUGAAACUUGUUGGCCGCCUGCUGCAGGAAGUGUGCCGGGAAGUGGGCAACGCGGACAGUCAGAUUGGAGUGCUCAGCUCGAUCAGAGACCAAGUUGACGAACUGUUGUGAAAGGGCUCAGCGAGAGUGGAGUGUGACCCUGCGUAGAUUUUUGUAAUUACGCUUGGGAAGUGCAUUCAGUGUCUUUAGUGUAUACUUUCAUGUACCAUCUUGUUUCCACAGUGUAAACUCCAUUGCAGUCGAACUCACCGGUGUCUAGACAGUGACAAUGUUUUAUUGCUUGUGUGUGCCACUGUAGCUCUAGAGCAAGGGCUCCUCAAACUUUGUGACCUUGGGGAAGCCCACCAGCUUUCCCAGAGUGCCACGAAACUCCUCCUCUUUCCAGCGACGUAUUUAUGUACACUCACCAAAGGGGCUCAUUAACCCUUUGAGGGUCACUGCCAUGCAUGCAUGACGGCAGAUACAAAUCCCAAAUGGCCAGUUACCUAAUGUUUGAAAGAAAGAAGGAUGUGCCUUUUCAAAUAAAGCACCGCCUGGCAUAGUUGAAGAGGUGCUGCAACUUCCCGUCACUUCUAGAAAACAUUCUAUAUCUUGCCGCUCCUCAGCUUCCAGCUAAACUCAGUUUUUGCUUCACUCUAUUGUGGCUGCCACUACAGUAGUUCAGGAGUAUUCCCGCCUUGCCUAGUUUACUGCCGCCGCCACACUUGUGUGUGGUCUCCGUCAUUUGCAGUUUUGCAUGUUGCCUUUGAUCUUGACAGCCAUCUUCCUUGAUGUGAGGGACUUAUGAUAACAUAGACAGUCUUUUUUUCCUGCACCGCUCCACACACCGCACUGCAGCACACCCUGGCCAUGCCAUUACUGCUCUUAGCACUGCGUGCCGUAAACAAUGCCUACACAUAAACGAAAUGUCAGCUGCACAAAAAUGUAUAUUUCGUGAACAAAUGUCGCCAGUCAGUCUCGCUGCGGAAGGUAUUCAAUGUACUGAUCGCAACGCCGAGCCUAAAUUCCCUAAUCGACUGGCAUGUAUCGGUGUCCCUGUGCGCAUUGAAAUGUUUACCACAUGUUUUUAUUUUGAAUGAGGUAGAAACUGACUCGGUGCAGUAGGAAACCAGCCUGUACCGAAGCAGCACCGUGCUGACACCAAUGUGACGGAACGACAAAUGACGCAGGAACAUUCCCCACCUUUCCAUUACGAUAUUGUGUUCAAACGGCCAAUAUUGCAAUGCGUCAGCAACAAAAUUCAACCAGGCAGAUGCCGCUAAAUUCGGAAGGGUCUGUAAGCUUGCAGAACAUCCAAGUUGAUUCCCGCUCGUGUGUUACAAACAUAAAUUAAAAGCAUGGACACUGGGCCCGCGAAUCUCGCAGUGAGGAGUUGCGUGCGCCGCUGCCGUGUGGCUGUCUCAAAGACUGCUGAAGUGCAGAUGUGGAGCACGACAGCUUCGUUAAAUCUUAUAUGUAAUGCCAGGUUUCUUCUCGCUAACCCAAUUUGAUAACCCCUGCUCUAGAGCAAAGCAGUGAUCUUGUAAAUAAUCAUUAAAAUAUGUUUGUAUCCUCUCAUUCAGUGCUUUAGGGUUUGUACACCGCCUUGGAAAUCCUUAAAUUGGAAAAAUAAAAGAUUCAAGGGCCUCUAAAUCUCCUUGAAAAUAAAGGUG